GAUGUUGCUAUGGCAUUGCUUUUUGAAAUAGGAUAUGUUGGCUUUAUAUUUGAGGAGUCUUUAGCCUUUAAUAAAAGUGGAGUAGGAUUAUUGAUGGCUGUGAGUUUGUGGGUAGUACGAAGCAUCGGGGCACCUUCACCUGAUAUAGUUGUUUCAGAGUUGACGCAUGCAUCUACAGAAGUCGGUGAGAUAGUGUUUUUCUUGCUCGGUGCAAUGACCAUAGUAGAGAUAGUCGAUGCCCAUCAAGGAUUUAAGCUGGUUACUGACAACAUAACCACUCGAAAGCCGCAGACUCUAAUGUGGGUGGUUGGCUUCGUGACAUUUUUUCUUAGUGCUAUCCUUGAUAAUUUUACAUCUACAAUAGUCAUGGUUUCUUUGUUGAGGAAAUUAGUACCUCAUUCGGAAUUCCGCAAGCUUCUAGGAGCUGUCAUCGUGAUAGCAGCAAAUGUUGGUAGUGCUUGGACUCCUAUCGGUGAUGUUACCACUAACAUGCUAUGGAUACAUGGUCAAAUAUCUACAUUCCAAACUAUGAAGGUGCUUUCUUUGAUUUCAUUUCCAACAGGGUUUAUUUCUCUAUCUGUUCCGCUGGCGCUUAUGUCUCUGACUAGUGAAGUAAAUGGGAAAGGACAAGCUUCUCCCAAUGUUUUGGCAUCCGAACAAAUGGCUCAGAGAGGACAACUUGUUUUCUUUCAAGGCCACGCAGUUCACUCAAUGCUUCGGAAAAUAGAAUCGAUGAGGUGAGAAACUGUGGGAUUGCCAACUAUUUUGUGAAGGGUUUUCGGAUUU